CAGACACUUCUCACAGAGACUGUCGUCAACUCAAAGGAGGGUCUUUCUUUUGGAGCUAAUUUUUCCUCAAUAAAAACUACAACAACCAAAAAAAACAACUGGGAUCUGGGUAUUCUAUCUUUUUUUAUUAUUUGAGAGUUGAACUGAGGAAGCAAUCAUGGAUCCAAUAGUGGAAGUAGUGGCUUUGAUACUGGGGUUUGUCGGAUGGGUGAUGGUUGGGGUCACGCUGCCGAAUCGUUACUGGAAGGUAUCCACUGUGGAUGGGAAUGUCAUCACAACCUCCACCAUCUACGAAAACUUGUGGAUGUCCUGCGCGACGGAUUCAACUGGAGUCCACAACUGCAGGGAGUUUCCAUCGCUGCUUGCUUUGAAUGGUUACAUCCAGGCUUCCCGUGCCCUGAUGAUUGCCUCUAUAGUGUUGGGGACCUUUGGCCUGGUAGGGUCCCUGAUAGGAAUCCAGUGUUCAAAAGCAGGGGGAGAAAACUAUGUUCUCAAAGGGAGGAUUGCAGGGACCUCAGGGGUGUUUUUUAUCCUGCAAGGUCUUUGCACAAUGGUCUCUGUGUCAUGGUAUGCCUUCAAUAUUACCCAGGACUUCUUUGACCCCUUCUAUCCGGGGAUCAGGUAUGAAAUAGGGGAAGCACUUUACAUCGGCUGGUGCUCGGCUGUGCUCGCCAUCGCUGGAGGAAUCUGCCUCACCUUCUCCUGCAAAGUAGGCAGACAGGAGAAAUACCCAUUGCCUUAUCAAAGCAGGGGAACAGUGUACUCUGGAGCUCCACCAAGCAGAAGCGCUGCAACCAGCACUUAUGGACGAAACGCUUACGUCUGAUUUCUCUGACGUUUUCAUCAACUCAGGUUUUAUUCAUGUAUAUAAACUGUUCUUUUUUUUACACUUUACGCUGAGCUAUUUGUCCAUGGCUGUGGACACGCCGAUAGUGCUCCAGUUGUUUACUGUGGGCAGCAACUGAGCACCGCUGUAAUGUAUAUAAUCCCAAUUCCAAUUGAAGAGACUGAUACUGUAGACAUUGUAUAAAGCUACUCUGCUUUUCCACCACACAGACUGACUCCUUUCAGUGACUCUGUUCAUAUUUCAAUGAUGAAAACAAGAUGAGGGCACUUACUAAAACAUUAAAUCAUACUUUGAUUUGCAUGAACAAGGACGGACAUUUGUGAGGCCAAAAGAGAGAAGAUUAAGAUUUUAUUUGUGUUGUUUUGUACAGUUUUGUAAAGUACCAUUAAGAGAAAAUGGGGAACAGAUUGUUUUAAUUGUCAUUUUGUUUUUAUUACUAAACACAAUAAAAAGUGCAACAUUAAA